GCCGCGGCGACGCCCGAGGCCUGCAAAACCCUAACCACUCAGGUUCUGCCGGCCACCGCCACCACCACCACCAGUCCACCACCAUGCUGACAGCCACUCCCCUACCCCAUCAGCUCCUGGCCACCUUCCUCCUCGUCCUGGCGUCGGCGACCCAACCUGCAGUCCCUGCCUCCACCGACCGCGCAGCGCUUCUCGCCUUCCGCGCGUCCCUGUCGCCGCCCUCCCGCGCCGCGCUAUCCUCGUGGAGCGGCCCGCUCUCGCCAUCCUGGCUCGGCGUGUCGCUCCACCCCGCCACGGCGCCAGCCCCUUCGGUCACCACUCCCUCCGUUGCCGAACUCUCGCUCCGGGGCCUCAACCUCACGGGCGUGAUCCCCGCGGCGCCGCUCGCGCUCCUCCGACGUCUCCGGACGCUCGACCUCUCCGCCAACGCGCUUUCGGGAGAGCUUCCCUGCUCCCUCCCGCGCUCGCUCCUCGCGCUCGACCUCUCCCGCAACGCGCUCUCGGGGGCUGUCCCCACCUGCCUGCCGUCCUCGCUCCCCGCGCUCCGCACCCUCAACCUCUCCGCCAACUUCCUCCGCCUCCCGCUCUCCCCGCGUCUCUCCUUCCCCGCGCGCCUCGCUGCCCUUGAUCUCUCCCGCAACGCCAUCUCCGGCGCCGUCCCGCCGCGGAUCGUCGCCGACCCCGACAACUCCGCUCUCCUCCUCCUCGACCUCUCCCACAACCGCUUCUCCGGCGAGAUCCCCGCCGGUAUCGCAGCCGUACGGAGCCUGCAGGGGCUUUUUCUCGCGGACAACCAGCUUUCCGGGGACAUUCCUCCGGGGAUAGGGAACCUGACCUAUUUGCAGGUGCUGGAUUUGUCGAAUAACCGAUUGUCCGGUUCAGUGCCUGCCGGACUUGCAGGCUGCUUCCAGCUUCUGUACCUGCAGCUUGGGGGUAACCAGCUCUCUGGGGCACUCCGUCCGGAGCUCGACGCACUAGCUAGUCUCAAGGUUCUAGAUUUGUCGAAUAACAAGAUAUCUGGGGAGAUUCCCCUGCCGCUGGCUGGGUGCAGGUCUUUGGAGGUGGUGGACUUGUCAGGAAAUGAGAUCUCCGGUGAGCUCAGCAGUGCUGUAGCGAAAUGGCUGAGCUUGAAGUUCUUAUCACUGGCUGGUAACCAGCUCUCCGGCCACCUACCUGACUGGAUGUUCUCGUUCCCCCUGCUCCAGUGGCUUGAUUUGUCUAGUAAUAAGUUUGUGGGUUUCAUCCCAGAUGGGGGGUUCAAUGUCAGUGAAGUGCUUAACGGUGGAGGUGGUCAGGGGACUCCAUCAGAGAGUGUGCUUCCACCCCAAUUGUUUGUGUCAGCUUCUGUGGACACGGUGUCAUGGCAGUUGGAUUUGGGGUAUGAUGUUCAGGCAACUACUGGUAUAGACCUGUCUGGGAAUGAGCUCUGUGGGGAGAUACCAGAAGGGUUGGUUGACAUGAAGGGGUUGGAGUAUUUGAACCUCUCCUGUAAUUACUUGGCUGGGCAGAUCCCUGCGGGGCUUGGGGGCAUGGGGAGGUUGCAUACGCUUGACUUCUCACAUAAUGGGCUGUCAGGGGAGGUGCCUCCUGGAAUUGCAGCCAUGACAGUGCUUGAGGUGCUUAACCUCUCCUACAAUAGCCUGUCUGGGCCUUUGCCAACAACGAAGUUCCCAGGAGCAUUAGCUGGAAACCCAGGAAUUUGCAGUGGGAAAGGGUGCUCUGAGAAUGCAAGGACUCCAGAAGGGAAAAUGGAAGGUAGCAAUCACCGCGGUUGGCUUGGUGGCUGGCAUGGAGAGAAUGGAUGGGUAUCUCUUGGUGCAUUUUGUAUCAGCACAAUGACUAGCUUCUAUGUAUCAUUAGCAACCUUACUAUGCUCCUCUAAUGCAAGAAACUUCGUGUUUCGGCCUGUGAGGGUUGAAUAUUAACAAGAGGGGAGAUUGCAAAAUCAGGUUGUUUUGAAGUUCGAGCGACUCUGGUCUGCAGCUGAUUAACAAGAAAUAUGAGCAUAUGAGAUGGAUAUCUUCAGCCAAGAGGAAGUGCUGUCUCUUUUAAUGAUCAAUCAAGCUCUCUUGAUUGUUUCCUAAUAUUCUUGAUCUUGGGAUGUGUAGAUCUAGUUCUAAUAUUCCUACUGUUAUAGAAUGCAAUCACCUGCUGGUGCUUGGUUGUAGCCCUGGCGUGUUUGGAGGAUUGGACACCAAGGAUGCACAUAAUUUGAAGCGCUGGUACUGUGAACCACUUCAGAUGUAAAUAUUUUCUUUGGUUUUUAGUUCUGAUCUAGUUUAAAACUGGACAUGUAUUUAGUGUUGUUGAGCUACCUUUCGAUGUUAUAUUAUGUCAAUUUGCUGGAAGAUCAUUUGAUAACAAUUGUCUAAUCCAGUGGAUUAGUCGUGU